UUGUUAAGGUGAAAUAAUUAUUCAGCUUAAAUAAGCUUUGUCUAAUAUUUUAAUUUGAUAAAAAAUAUUAUUAAAGAUUACGAUAAUUUUUACAAUUAUUAACUAAACUUCAUUAUAAAAGCGGUCAUGGAAAAUAUGUUAAAAUCGAUCUAUGUCUAUAUUUUGCAAUAAACGCCGCAGUAAAAAAAUUAAUAAAACGUGACAAAGAACAAUAUAAAAAUAGGAAAAAUAUACAUACAAAUUGUUUUAUAAAAUAUUGAUUUUGAGUAACACUUGGGGGGCUUGUAACAAAAAAAUUAAUGGCUGGAAGACGGAAACGUGGACGCCCACGUCGCGGCGAAGGAUCCGCGCUUGAUGAUAUCGAUGUACUGCUUGCACGUGAAUUUCAACAAAGACCAGCAUUUUAUGAUCGCAAUCAUCCUCAAUAUAGGAAUAGAGAUUACUUGGAAGGAAUGUGGAUGGAUAUGGCCGAAAGUGUGGGACAAAAUGUUGCUAUAGUAAAAAAUCGUAUGGUUCAACUACGCAAUCGUUAUAACUUGGAAAAACGUCGAGUGGAGAUGUUACAGGACCAAUAUAACGAUCCAAGUAUUACAUCGCAAUGGCCAAUGUAUAAUUAUUUAACAUAUUUAGGUGAUCACAUAAAAGCUCGUCGAUCGUUUACUAAAGAAGUAAUUGUAAGACCAAAAUCGGCACCAUUUUCGAAUUCAAGCAUAAGACCUGUGCGUUUUGCUUAUUGCAGUGAUACUGAUGGAUGCGAUGAAGCGAAUCCUUAUCCACCAACCCCUCCGGUUGCUGCUCCGCCAGAGAGGCAAUUAAGAACAGAUUUAUCCAAUAAUGCAAAUGAGCCAAAUAAUAAUUCAAACUAUCAUGAAAUGAGACCGUCAAGUCCCGACAAACAAAUAGAUAACAGCCAUAAUGUUAAUCCAAACUUGUGCAAGUUUACUGCUUUUGGGCAGUUUUUAACUUCAUCAUUGAUUGAAAUGAAUCAAAAGGACGCUUUGUUAUUGGUAGAGAAGUUCACCACUGAUUUAGUAAAAUCAUUACUACUUGAAACACAUAAUAAAUCACCGGAUGUACAAAUGGAAGUUGUUGUAAAUGGACAUAAUUGAUAAAGAGUAUAUUCUGUUUUUAUUCGUGUAUAUAUGUAAGUUUUGUUUUACUAUUAUAAUUAUGUAUCUCUAAGCAUUUCAACUAAUUUUAGUACUUGUCUACUUUCUUCUGGAUUUAGAGUAAAUGAAUAGUAUUAAGGGUACAUCAUAAUAAUAGUUUUUUGCAUGUACAGAAUUGCACCAUAUUUUAGAAAUGAAUAAAAUGGUCAGUUUAUUUUUAAAGAAGACAGCACACAACAGAUCUACGCUACUGUAGACUUUUAACGUUCAUUUUUAUUUAAAAUAAGAAAAUUUUCCGUUUUAAAAUGUAUGUAUGUCCGCAAAACCAUUUGGUGUAACAUUUGUUAACAAGAAAUUAAAAUAAAAAUUAGAUCUUUUAAUUAA